AUCAUUUUCAAUGGUGCAACUACGUGGAAGCUCACCUCAAUCCAUGUUAAUUCACCACGUUUCAGUCAAAUCGCAUAAUUCCACAUCUAUAAAUACUUAUAACUGGAUUACACUAUCAUUCACCAGUGCAUUUACUUGAACUAAACAAUAAUAUAGCUUUCUAGCAAACUUGAGUGCAUGGAAGAAGAGCCAAAUAGUAGCGGUAACACAAGCAGUACUAGCCAUGGCGCUGCAUCGUCUAGCUACAGAGGAGCCCGGAAGAGAAAAUGGGGCAAGUGGGUGUCUGAGAUUCGUGAGCCAGGCAAGAAAACAAGAAUUUGGUUAGGGAGCUUUGAGACACCUGAAAUGGCUGCUGCUGCUUAUGAUGUUGCUGCGUUACACUUUAGGGGACAUGAGGCACGUCUCAACUUUCCUGAAUUGGUUCACAGCCUCCCUCGCCCUGCUAGCUCUAAUUCUGAACACAUACGCAUGGCGGCUCAUGAAGCGGCCUUAAGGCUUCGAGGCCCUCAAGGAGUGGCUGAGGUUGGAGGAUGGUCUAGCUCGAACAUGGCACCGGUCACAGUGAGGCUCUCUCCUAGCCAGAUUGAGGCCAUUAAUGAGUUCCCUCUUGACUCACCCAGCAAGAUGUGGAUGCAAAUGUCAAUGGAAGAGUCUAUGACGUUCUCCAAUGACAUUGAAGAUAAUGAAUGGGAAGAUAUGCAAAAUGAUUCUCUAUGGGACCCCUAGGUAACUUUCAAAUUAUAUAACACUAUUUUUUAGUACAUAGGAUAACUUAACCCUCUAUAUUAAAUUGUUAUAUGUAUUUGAUUUUCUAUAGUUUUUCUAUAGCAUCUAUGACUAGGAGGGAUAUAAUUUAACUUACAAAAGGUCAUAGAAAUAUAGUAAGAGAAGAUUGUAAUUGAAAAAGAACAUGCUGGGCUUGCUUAUUAUUUAGUUCAAGCACUAAAACUUGAAUCUGGGAAAUAGAGAGGUCUUUUAGGCUUCUGAGGCAUUGGAUUUUGUAGCAGAGUAUACAAGGAUUCACUGUUUCAUGGAAUAGUACCUGAAGACCAUUGGGCUUUUGAGGGAAAGCCACCUGUAUUCUCAGAAUGGGUUUUGGCGGGUCCCAAUUGACAUCAAAGGAGUUGGUUUUUUCGGUAUUUUAAGAAGUAUUUUAGUGGAUGAAAUUAAUAUAUAGUGAAUGGGGCCAUAUU